AUGUCAGUCUCAACGAUCAGGGCGAUCGCUGUGCUGCUGUCACUUUUGAGCAUAGCCUUGGCCGAUUUGCCGUCCUGCUCCAGGGCUAAAUGCGUCCAUUGCGCAGUGGACUUCAUCAAGCGGAUGUGUCCAGACGCUUGUGGCUCCUGUCCACGAGAAGUUCCAUUAUAUCCAGCACAACCGCCACCAGCUUUCGCCGCACCUCAUGUUGGUUUUGAAAUUGUAUAUCAAUAUCCAGAACUUCUUCAGAAGAAUCCAACUUUACAAUAAAACGAACUCCCUCAGUAGGAAGCUUUAAUAAGUGUUUACAUUUUCAAGAUCCCAAAAUCGUUCUCUGGAAACUGAAUAAAUUAUAAAAGUUCAAUUUUCCAACUUACAACCCGUUACAACUUUUUCAGCAAGCGGCUCACACCUAUCAAAAUGUCCAGGCUCCUCCAGCUCCUCUCCAGCAGGUCUACAACGGCCAGCAAGUGAGCCAACCCUUUUUUUUCCCAGUGAGAAAUGAAAAAUGAAAAAAUAGUCCAUUCAGCGCCGGCUUCAGCUAAAUAAGCCUAAGGCGAUGGAACUGAAUCAUAAAGCUUUGUAUCUGGAACCAGGCAGUGAAAACCUUUUUUCAUCUGGAAGGCCUGGAUAAAGAGAUCCCUAAUGGUACCUACUUGCAAAAACUUCCUUUGAAAAUUUCGUAGGCUCAAACUAACGACCGUCAGAACUUCCCAAACCGCAGAUCUUCAAUCAAUCAAUUCAGCAAUACCAACAACCGCAUCAAGCUCAGCAACAAGCUCAAGCUCAAGUUCAACAUCAACCUCAACCCCAACAAUACGCCCCACAGUACAAUCAACAGCCAGCCGCGUUCGCCGCCCCACUCCAAGUCGGUCAGCCGAUCGCCUAUCCAGCCGUUGCUCAACAACAGCCUGCUGUACCGACGGCCACCCUGGCCCCUCUUAUCGAGCCACCGAGAGUCUCCGAAUUGAGCAGCAACUUGGCCCAUCAGCCCGCCCCACUGGCUGAAUACUCCCAGAACAACUACGCUCAAGUUCAGCAACAACAACACCAGCAAGCAAUGCAGAACUUGAUGAACCCGCAACUUUUCGGGUUCCAACAGCCGGCGCCGGCGCUGAACAUGUUCGGCCAGCAGCCUCAGCAGGCACAACAGUCUUCUCAGAUUCUCAACCCAUUCCAGCCAUUCCUUCAGCAGGUAUAGUCAUUUGAAGCUCUUCAAAAAGAGGCUUAGAAAAAUCGUGUGCUGAUUAAGUGAAACUUCUAAAAUCCAUAUGCAUAUCAUCUCAUGGUUUUUUCCAUCAAAAGAGCCCAUAAAUCCCAAAAAAUGCCCAAAAAUCCCGUAAAAAGUUGUUUUCCAUCCUUCCAAAUGUUAACUGAGUCUUCAAUAUUUGAAACUAUUGAUAAAUCGGCUUUUUUUCAGACCAACGCCUUCGACCCAUUCAACCUCCUAAACCUCAACAAUCCAUUCGCCGCCCCACCUACUCCAGUUCAAGUUUCUAAUUUUUACAAACAUGGGUCAAAAGAGAAUUCCAGCGACCUCCUCCAAUCCCCCCAGUUCAUCAGAACAGCAAUGAACAACAGCAAUACGGACAAGUUCAACACUCGGGAAGCUACAGUACCUACAGUCAACCUCAAGCCCAGCCUCAACAAGCCGUGAGCUACGGGCAACAGGCUCCACAGUACCAACAGUAUCAACAAUAUCAGCAAUAUCAACAGCCUCAGCAGCCUCAGCCUCAACAGCAACAGCAACAGUAUCAGGUAGGGAAAAAGGUUUUUUUGCGUUUUACAGGGCUCAAAAAAGCGUGUUUAAGUUUCACUAGUCUCACUCUGAUGCUUCUUUGAAUAAUUUAUCCAGAAUCAGGGCAAUUUUAAUGAGGGUGCGAAAAAACAGUUGUUAAUGCAAUUUCAAGCCAUACAAAGACUCUGAGGAACUUUCGGACAGAAGGAUUUUCUGAUUUCUAGAUCCACAAGCCAAGCCUUAAAAACCACAGAAAAAAUCCAGUGAUGCUUAAAAGUUCGAACUUUACAGAAAAUAUCAUCUUCAGGUCCCAGCCCAAGUCCAGCCACAACCCCAACCAAACACCCAACAGCCGAACCAAAACCAACAAGCUCAAAUCCCUCAGGCCAAACCUCUACCCAUCGCUCAACCUCAACCUCAACCUCAACCAAAUCCAGCUCCUCAGGUAGGAACAAUCAGAGAAAGAAAUAAAUUGGAAAAAUGAACAGGUACUCCCACGAGUCGACUCCGCGCCAGUCAGUUAUGAGAAGUACGUCGACGUUGGCAAACCGUCGCUUCCUCCAGCAGCUCCAGUAAGAAUUAUCCUUCAGCACAAAAUAGCCACGAAUAAAGUCACAACAAAUGCGCUCCGAGGACAAAUCCGCUUUCCGGUCAAUUUUUUUGCUUUUUCCAGCAGCAAUGCCCUCGUCAACCCGGCUGGGCGCCUUGCAUCACCAAAGAAACCGCAAAUGACCGAUUCCGGAAUUGCUGCGCCCGACUCGGAGAGGGGUGCCUUCCACUGUGCAACUACGAUGCUAAUCUUGCUUCGGUUUGUUUCUUUAUUUCUUUAUUUUUUAUUGAUUAGUUUGGGAUAGCUAAGUUCUUAUGCCUCUUUCACGUCCGUACCUCUUAAAGUUCCAAUUUUCCAACUCCUCAUCCGAUUCCCUUCCAGAUGCAAAUCGCCGUCCUGACCGGCCGUUGCCCUCUGGCCAAGGUCGGUGACGUCAUGAUCUGCGCCUCGGGCUACCAAGACGCUUCGUCUUGCUGCGAGGCUUACGGUGUCUUCGAGCCCGGCUAUGAGCAUUGCCGUCCUUAUUGCAACCCCGCGGCGGGACUGCCCGAAGGCGGCCUUCUGUCCGAGAAGUACAAGUGUCUCGUCAAACUGCAGAACAUCCAGCAGUGCUUCUACGUCUCCCAAAAGCCCUAG